AUGCUAUUGUGCUUGUUGCAGGUGGCUGCAGGUUACCGCCAAAUCCACUUAUAUGCGAGCCUUCUAGUCUACUUGUUGGGGACCAUCGCUAACCUGCUGAACAUUAUCGUACUGAUGCGCAAGGAGCUGACGAGAACACUCCGACUAAGACGUGCUAUUGUGCUUGUUGCAGGUGGCUGCAGGUUACCGCCAAAUCCACGGAUAUGUGAGUCUUCUAGUCUACUUGUGGCUGCAGGUUACCGCCAAAUCCACUUAUAUGCGAGCCUUCUAGUCUACUUGUUGGGGACCAUCGCUAACCUGCUGAACAUUAUCGUACUGAUGCGCAAGGAGCUGACGAGAACACUCCGACUAAGACGUGCUAUUGUGCUUGUUGCAGGUGGCUGCAGGUUACCGCCAAAUCCACGGAUAUGUGAGUCUUCUAGUCUGCGUGUGGCUGCAGGUUACCGCCAAAUCCACGGAUAUGCGAGUCUUCUAGUCUGCGUGUUCGGGACCAUCGCUAACCUGCUGAACAUUAUCGUGGCUGCAGGUUACCGCCAAAUCCACGGAUAUGCGAGUCUUCUAGUCUGCGUGUUCGGGACCAUCGCUAACCUGCUGAACAUUAUCGUACUGACGCGCAAGGAGCUGGCGGGAACACCCAUCAACCGCAUUCUGACGGGAAUCGCUGUGGCCGACAUGCUCGUCAUGCUGGAGUACAUCCCCUUCUCCACCUACAUGUACGUGCUGAUGCCACCAGGGGUGAGGCAGUUGACACAUGCUGAGGCAGUCUUUAUCCUGGUUCACAUGCACUUCUCCCAGCUCAUGCACACGGUAUCCAUAUGUCUCACCCUAACUUUGGCUCUCUGGAGGUACCUCGCAAUCCAAUUCCCCCACAGAAGCCACACUAUGUGCUCGGACAAGAGAUGUACUCUGGCCAUCAUGGGGGCCUUCACACUCCCCGUGCUGAUCUGCAUCCCAUCCUACCUGGUGUUCAGCGUGCGCGCCACCCAGGUCACCGAGAACAAUCAAGUGGUCACCCUCUACCACCUCGACCUCAGCGACCUAGCCAAGCGGGACGACGAGUUCCUCUACAUCGCUAGCUUCUGGAUGUACGCCGUCGUGGUCAAGCUGCUGCCGUGUGCCGUCCUCACCGUCGUCUCUUACUGGCUGGUGGCUCUCCUUUGGCAGGUGAACGAACGUAAACAGCGGUUGCGUUGCGACGUGUUCCCCACGCCUGACGCACCGCGGACUUACAAGCCCGAGAAACGUGUUGACCGCACCACUAAGAUGCUGGUCGCAGUGCUCCUGCUGUUCCUUAUCACAGAGAUCCCCCAGGGUGUCUUGGGUCUGCUGAGUGGAAUCUUGGGUCGGUGCUUCUUCAAGAACUGUUACCAUCAACUGGGGGAGAUGAUGGACAUCUUGGCUCUCAUCAAUGGUGCCAUCAAUUUCAUCCUCUACUGCUCCAUGAGUCGGCAGUUCCGCGAGACCUUCGGCAAGAUGUUCAAGCCCAAGCUACUAGCCAAGUGUGCGCCGCCCAACACUGAAGUACAGAGCACUUACGUCUGACUAGUGCCGAUGGUCUCAUUUUAUACGUGUUUGGCUGUGUUUGUAUUUAACGGACUUACUGAAUUCUAUUUGAUGGCUUUAAACAGUUUGGUAGCAAAAAGGUAUUCGUGUGAUAUUCUGGAAAAUUAAUGAGUCCUAAGAUUAAUAAUUGAUGUUUCCCUGUUGGUUUUACACACAAAGCAUUGUGAGGUUUUGAUAACUGCAACAAUUAGCACUUUUCCUGUGCUAUGAAUACUAAGUUGACAUCAACAUCUAUGAAAAAACUUACUCUUAAACAUUUAAAUAAAAGACAGACAGGUGACCUAGCUAAAAUUAUUCUGAGCCCUAAUUUUGGUUAGACCAUCCAGAUUGCCUUGGAUAAAAAUCUAAGAGCUAGUUCUAAGACACUUUGAGCAGGGGAAAAUUGUAAUUUUAAAAUGUAUAUUUUUAUUCAUUGUAUAUUUUUAAUAAAUGUAAUUAAAAACUA